AUGAGGAUCGGUCUGAAUGAAGAGUUCAGCAUCGGAAAGUCACAGCUCAGAGGUUACGGAGCAGCUGUUCGGGUCGAUGAGUGCAGCUUCCAUCAAGCUGUACGACUGGACGAGUUCGACAGCCACCGCAUCCUCCGACUGUGUCCGAGUCAGGGAGAGCAAACAGUGAUGCAGUAUCAGCUGAGCAACGAUCUGCCCUCAGCUCCUCCUUUCCGUCUCUUCCCGACCGUCGAGAGAGACAACGGAGGAAGGUUGUUGAUGUACAUGAAGCUUCGCUGUGAUCUGCCUCCGAAGAG